AGGCCUAUCCUCUAUCUUCUCUUUUAUCAUCUGGUGUUUGGCCUUCUUUGAGGGGAUCCCUGAGGAGAGAAGAGGAAGGAAAAGACUUUGCUGGGGCUCCAAGGCACUGGGUCCCCUUUCCUUCCUUCCUUCCUUCCUUCCUUGGUCUGAGGAGACUUUGAGAAGGAGGCCAAAAAUGGAGGACAAGGACUCCCAUAUUGGACAUCAGCCUCCCCAUCAAAGGACCCACACAGGAGAGAAGCCACAUGGAUGCAUGGAACCUGAAAAGAGCAUCAGAGAUAGAAAGGCCUGCACUGUACUCCAAAGAACUCACAGAGGAGAGAAGCCCUAUAAAUGCAUGGAGUGUGGAAAGAGUUUCAGCCGGAGUGGACAUCUAAAUUCACAUCAAAGGACCCACACAGGAGAGAAGCCCUAUAAAUGCAUGGAAUGUGGAAAGAGCUUCAGCGAGACUGGAAAUCUAAACUCACAUCAAAAAACUCAUACGGGGGACAAGCCCUAUAAAUGCAUGGAAUGUGGAAAGAGCUUCCGUGAGAAUGGAAAUCUAAACAUACAUCAGAGGACCCACACAGGAGAGAAGCCCUAUAAAUGCAUGCAAUGUGGAAUGAGCUUCAGUGAGAGUGGACAUCUAAACAGACAUCAAAGGGCUCAUACGGGGGAGAAGCCCUAUAAAUGCAUGCAAUGUGGAAAGAGUUUCAGUCAAAGUGGAGAUCUAAACUCACAUCAAAGGACCCACACAGGAGAGAAGCCAUAUAAAUGCAUGUACUGUGGAAAGACCUUCAGUCAGAGUGCAAGUCUAAACAGACAUCAAAGGACCCACAUAGGGGAUAAGCCAUAUAAAUGCAUGGAAUGUGGAAACAGCUUCAAUGAAAGUGGAAAACUAAACAGACAUCAAAGGACGCACACAGGGGAGAAACCCUAUAAAUGCAUGGAAUGUGGAAAGAGCUUCAGUGAAAGUGCAAGUCUAAACAUACAUCUAAUGACGCACAGAGGGGAGAAGCCAUAUACAUGCAUGGAAUGUGGAAAGACCUUCUGUCAGAUUGGAAGACUAAACAGACAUCGAAAGAUCCACACAGGGGAGAAGCCAUAUAAGUGCAUGGAAUGUGGAAACAGUUACCAUGAGAUGGGAAAACUAAACAGACAUCAAAAGACUCAUACAGAGGAGAAGCCAUAUAAAUGCAUCGAAUGUGGAAAGAGCUUCAGUCAAAGUGCAUGUCUAAACAAACAUCAAAAGACCCACACAGGGGAGAAGCCAUAUCAAUGUAUGGAAUGUGGAAAGAGCUUCCGUCGGAGUGGACAUCUAAACAGACAUCACAGGACCCACAUGGGGCAGAAGCCGCCUUCAGCCAGCAGGGCAGUUAGUGUCAGUUCUGAAGGUCUAUUGACCAUCUCUUCUAUUUGCUGAACAAACAUAAAGCCUUUAAAAAUUAUCUAUUGGGACCAAGGGGAAUGUUUACUAUGAUAUAUGUUGUAUGUUUCUUUAAGUCUUUCAUCCUCUCUCUUCAUUCACCUGUUCUGUGUUAUUGUGUUCCUAUAAAUCAUUAUGUGAUCUUGGGAGUGGUGGGAGUUGUUUGGAAAGA